AUGUGGUCAUACUUCUUUGGAGGUUCGAAUUCAUCCUCCAAUACAAAGCAAAAGGAACUGCCAAAGAAAGCUAUAGUGGAAUUAAGAGAACAUAUAAACUUACUAAAUAAAAAACAAUCGCAUUUACAAACUCAAAUCAUAACACAAGAAAAUGAAGCUAAAAAAUUUCUUAAUAAAGGUAAUAAGACACUUGCUAAAAAUUCAUUGAAGAAAAAGAAAAUUUAUGAAAAUCAACUGUUUAAAUUGGACUCUCAGAUUGAAUCGUUGGAACAACAACUUUUCUCUAUCGAGAGCGCAAAUUUGAAUCUAGAAACAAUGAGAGCAAUGAAACAAGGUGCAAAGGCAAUGAAAUCUAUUCAUACUGGACUCGAUAUCGAUAAAGUCGAUGAAACUAUGGAUGAAAUUAGAGAACAAGUCGAAUUGGGCGAUGAAAUCAGUGACGCCAUUUCGAGACCAAUGUUCUCCGCUGUUAAUGAAAUUGAUGAAGAUGAAUUGGAUGAAGAAUUAGAUCUAUUGGCUCAAGAAAAUAUAUUGAAUGAACCUACAACGAAUAAAAGGGAGGAGCAAGUUAAACUACCAAGUGUACCGGAAAAUAAACUGGAAAUUUCAUCACCUGCGGAACAGCAAAAUGAAGAAGAGGAGGAAGAUGAAGAUGAACGUGCAUUGAGAGAGUUACAGGCUGAAAUGGGAUUAUAA